UCCUUUAAAAUGCAAUGGAUAAGACUUUGAUGAGGUCUGACUUGGCCCAGUUUCAUGGCUGAUGACCUCUAAGUGUUCUAAUCCAGUAUUGCCCAUAAGCAAUAUAAUUAUUACCGAGGAAGUCCCUUAUCAAUGUUCUGUACAAUUUUAGUAGACAUAGAAGAAAAACCUCAGUUGAAAACAGAGAAACCCUGGUAAGAUAAAAAAGAGAAUGCAAAACCGCCACGACGCUCUCUUUUGAAGCUUCCGCAGAACUCCCACACUCAUGUCGCAUGCACUUCAUCUCGUUUCCAAUAACGUUCCUGCUUAUGGACCAAGAGACUGCAGAUAUCUGUCCUGUUCGAGCAUUUCUGGAGGAGCAGUGACUCUAUCUCCUUGCUCUUCACAUAAUGACCACCGAAUUUGUUCACAGGUGAAGAUUAAAUCUUUGAAAUGUGGUGCCAGGGGAAUAUCUUUUGUGUGCCGAGCAGGUUCUAGUGGUCAAAAGAGAAACCCUGACUUCUUGAGGCAAAGACAUGGGUUUCGAGGGAGGAAUAGACAAAAUGAAGACAGAGAGAAUUUUGAAAUGCUUGAUGAAUCUGAAAUGUUACCUUCAAAAAAUGGGCCAUUACUUUCCUUUUCUGGUUCCACAAAAUCUCAAGCCAAUGCAGCCCCAGGUCCAAGAGAGAAGGAGAUUGUGGAGCUUUUCAGGAAGGUCCAAUCUCAACUUCGAGAGAGAGCUGCGGCUAAAGAAGAUAAGAAAACUGAAGCCUCUCAGGGAAAAGGUAAAGAGAGUGAAACUGUUGAUUCUCUCCUUAAGCUAUUGAGGAAACACUCGAUUGAACAAGGUAAGAAAAAAAACAGCUUUGACAGCAGCAGUGACGUGAAUUUGGAUCAUCCAGAAGUGAAUGGCUCUUCCAAUGAAGAUAAAAGCUCCAGCUUCUUUGAUCCAAAUGAUACUGUAAGGAGUGAAGCCAAAGAACCUUAUGCCUCUAUUCUAAGCAGACCCGCAUCAAAUUUCCGGAGGAAAUCACCUGUCCCACAAAUGAAAUAUCAGCCAAUUUAUUCCAGUGAGGAGACUGUCAGUUCUGUGACACGCGUCAAUUCAGAUAGGAAGAAACUUUUGAGUUUGGCUGAGUCACCUCCUGCAUCCAAUCAUUUGCCUGAAUCGGAGGAGGAACUAGAGUCUGAAACUGAGUUAGAGCUUGAGCCUGAAUCAAUCUAUGAAGAUCCGGAUGUGUUGGAUGAGUUGUCAGAGGAUGAAUCUUCUGAUAUUGAUGAGGAGGAGGACAGCGAACAGCAAAUUGGACAUGAAGAUUUGAGUGCAUUGAAGCUACCAGAACUCCGGUCACUAGCAAAAUCUCGAGGUUUGAAGGGAUUCUCCAAAAUGAAGAAGAGUGAUUUGGUGUUGCUGCUGCGAAGGAGCUAAGGCUAGUUAAUGGUGAAGCCAAAAACGAAAGAUCACAUGCAUUUUGAUAGUUGUGAGAUGCCCUUUUAUCGUUUUCAUACUACUUAUUUUCUGUCUGUUGUUUGAAUGUGUAACUAACGUGCCAAAAGAUCCUUCCAGGAGGCUGGGAAGUAAUGGAUGUUUAGAAUUUAGAUAUAGUUAUGUCAAGUUACCCUUUUGCAACUUUUUGAAUGAUGUUCGAGAAAUCAAUUUUCUUUUCGUCUGUACUCUUGACAUGCUUCAACACUGGGGUGAUUAAAUUCAGUUCGAGACUCACUAUAAUGUUCUGAUUUCUAUUUGUCCCUUAUCUUCUUCAUCG